AUGUCGAUCUUUCCAAUCGCUCCGGUAGAUAAUAUGACAAUGUUAGAAUUUUUCGACUGUAAAAGAACCGUAAGCGAUACAAUCGUUUUUUGUCAAAAUCUUGGUUUGUUACCGCUCGGUACUCCAAAAGUCGAGUGUCCUAAUCGACAUAUUGAUUGGUAUCUCGGAGUUUUUAGUGAUGUCAUUGAUGGAUAUGUUUGGCGUUGCAAAAUAUGUAAAGCACGUCGUUCAAUUAGAGAUGAUACAUUUUUCAGUGGUUCUCAUCUAACUCUGUCUCAAAUGCUUGACUUAAUAUUUUAUUGGUCUCAAAAGAUUGAUUCUGUUGAAUUUUUACAUCGGCAUUGUAAAAUGCAAAGUAAUUCAACAAUUGUUGAUUGGAGAAAUUUUAUACGUGAUAUUUGUGCAGAAUAUUUUCUGAGACAUCCAGCAACUAUAGGUAGAAAUUCAAAUCUAAAAAAGAUCUACGUACUUAUCUAUUUUUGCUUGACAAAUAGGUGGACCGGGUCAUAUAGUGGAGAUUGAUGAAAGCAGCUGGACAAAAAGAAAAUUUAAUGUUGGUCGCGUUCCAGUUGGAAAUCAGUGGGUUUUUGGGGGGAUUGAUCGAGAUACACGAGAAUGCUUUGCUGUUCGUGUCGAUAGAAGAGAUGCCGGAACACUUUUGCCGUUAAUUCAUCAAUAUAUUUUACCAGGUGCUUUAGAUGCCUUCUUUCCUACUUUUUUUAACGGUUUUCUAAUUCGAUAGGUACACAAAUAUUUAGCGAUGAAUGGGCAGCUUACCAUCAGUUGCAACAUGAUCCUAUAUAUUUGGGAAUGCAUCUUACCGUGAACCAUUCACUCCAUUUUGUCGAUCCAACUUUAGGUGUUAUCUUUGCCUUUAAUUCUUAUUUUAUUUCUAUUCCUUUUCUUAAUUUUUCAACGCGUAGGUACGCAUACUCAAAAUGUGGAAAAUAUGUGGAUGGUGGCAAAAAUGAGAAAGAAAUCAAUGAUGGGAAUACACAAAACGCUAUUAGACACACAUUUAACAGAGUUUAUGUGGCGUCAAAAAUUCGGAGACAGACCAUU